AUGUUGAGCUGGCUCUACUGUUCCAAUGCUUCGGCAUUCUUUGUAACACAGACACUACGUGGUCUGUCUCGAGAUGGAAGAACUGUCAUAGCCUCAAUUCACCAGCCCAGCAGUGAAGUUUUCGAGUUGUUUGAUAGAUUGUACUUGCUUUCUGGAGGCAAAACAGUUUACUUUGGUCAGGCUUCAGAAGCAUACGAGUUCUUUGCUCAUGCUGGCUUUCCCUGCCCUACUCUGAGGAACCCAUCCGAUCAUUUUCUCCGAUGCAUUAACUCUGAUUUCGACAAAGUUAAGGCAACUUUGAAAGGAUCAAUGAAACUGCGGUUUGAGACAAAUGAUGAUCCUCUUGAGAAAAUAACUACAGCUGAAGCUAUCCGAAAACUUAUAGACUUCUACCGUACUUCUCAGCACUGUUACUCAGCAAGAGAAAAGGUUGAGGAGAUCUCAAAAGUUAAAGGAACUGUGCUAGAUUCAGGAGGCAGUCAGGCCAGUUUCUUUAUGCAGUCCUUUACCUUAACCAAGCGUUCAUUUAUCAACAUGUCAAGGGACUUCGGUUACUACUGGCUGAGGCUUGUGAUCUACGUUGUGGUCACUAUCUGCAUUGGAACAAUCUAUUUGGAUGUGGGGACUGGCUACAAUUCCAUCUUGGCAAGGGGAGCAUGUGCCUCUUUUGUAUUCGGGUUUGUCACAUUCAUGUCAAUCGGAGGAUUUCCUUGCUUUGUGGAAGAUAUGAAGGUUUUUCAAAGAGAGAGGCUGAAUGGGCACUAUGGUGUGACUGCAUUUGUAAUUAGCAACACUAUAUCUGCAAUGCCAUUCCUGAUGCUGAUCACCUUCAUCUCUGGAACUGUCUGCUAUUUCAUGGUCCGUCUCCACCCCGGUUUCUCACAUUAUCUGUUCUUUGUGUUGUGCCUCUAUGCAAGCGUCACGGUAGUGGAGAGCCUGAUGAUGGCCAUAGCCAGUAUUGUCCCGAACUUCCUCAUGGGGAUCAUCACAGGGGCUGGAAUUCAGGGAAUAUUCAUGCUAGUCUCCGGGUACUUCAGACUCCCCAAUGACAUCCCAAAACCUGUUUGGCGUUACCCUAUGUCUUACAUCAGUUUCCACUUCUGGGCUCUACAGGGACAAUACCAAAAUGAUCUGAAUGGGUUGGUGUUCGACAACCAAUCACCUGGUCUUCCCAAAAUUCCUGGUGAAUACAUAUUGGAGAACAUAUUCCAGAUCGAUGUGAAUCGAUCAAAAUGGGUGGAUCUCAGUGUUAUCUUCUGCAUGAUUAUCAUCUAUCGAAUCUUCUUCUUCAUCAUGAUCAAGAUUAACGAGGACGUGACCCCCUGGAUCGGAGGCUACAUAGCAAGGAGAAGAAUGCAACAGAAGAAUGGUAAUCAGAACACCACAGUUGCUCCCUGUGGUCUCAAACAAUCCCCUUCCUUUAGAGCCUAUGUGGACAAUCAGACAACUGGAACAAGCAAGAGGUAG